CAGAGGCCAAAGCCAAGGCAGAAGAGGAGGCACUUGCUUUGGCUGAGCAAUUGAAAAUGGAGGAAGAAGAAAUGGCAAAAGCAGAAGCCGAGGCAAAAGCAGAAGCCGAGGCAAAAGCCAAGGCAGAAGCAAAGGAGCUGGCUUUAGCUGAGCAAUUGAAAAACGAAGAAGAAGAAAAGGCAAUGGCAGAAGUGGAGGCCACAGCCAAGGCAGAAGCAGAAGCAAAGGCUGAUGCUGAGAGGUUGCAAAAGGAGGAAGAAAAGGCUGCCCUUGCUGAAGCUGAGAAGCUGAAGAAGGACCCGGAAGAAAAUGCUGAGGGAGAGAAUGCUGUUGAAAAGCUGGUUAAUAAGGAGGCCAACGGAAAGGAGAACGAAGAACCUACCAAAUCAACCCCCGACAAUUGGAAAAAGAGUACCUCGGCUUCGGAAACAAAUGGCCAUGGAGAAGUAGCGAAGUUAAAAACCACUGAGGUUGGUUCUGCGAGUUGGUUCUCGAAGAAUAUGUACGGACUCAUGUUGGCGGGAGUCGUGACGGUGCUUGCUGUUGGCAUGAACAUGGCACUUUCCAAACCGAAAGUGGAAGGAGGAGACCAUUCCUAGGUUUAUCUGCUUCGUUUAAGUUUGUUGGACGAACUUAAACGAUUGCCGGUCCAGAAACCUGCCAGAGCAAGUGGAGCAUAACAAUAUACAACGACUGGUGCGGUUGCUUGGUCUCUAGCUAUGAAAAGAACGCAGACCAACUGGGCCCUGUGCAUUUGCUCAAAACCAAAAGACGAGCAUGCCAGUAUUCUGCUUAUGGUGCAUUUUUUUAAAAAGUACAUGUAAAUAGUAGAAUGCAAUCUACUUUUGAACAAAUUCAGCUGUAUGGAGUAGUUGCCU